AUGUAUGAACCUCCGCUGUAUUUUCUACCUGUAGGUGAAAGCAAAGGGAUCGCGUUUGGAAUCGGAUUGUGUUUGAAGUGCCCUGCUGGGUAUUUCUGCCCUGCUGGAGCAAGUUACCCAGUCCCAUGCCAGCCAGGUACAUAUAAUCCUCUCCAGGGACAGGAUGAAGCCACUGACUGCCGAGCUUGCCUAGCAGGGAGAGCUUGUACUCAGGCUGGCUUAGCCCAGCCUGACUCGGAGUGCAUGCCAGGGUACGUGUGCCCAGUGGGGUCAUCCAGCCCUCAUUCUCCAAGCAACGCCUGCCCUCCGGGAACAGUUGGCAAUCAGUUCAGCCUCUUUGAUAAAUCCCAGUGUGAAACAUGCCCUGCUGGAUUUGUCUGUGUGCGAGGAACGGGGGGCAGGCGGAAGCCUCCCGCUCCGUGCCCCGUUGGUCACUACUGCCCACCAGGCACAAAGCAUCCGGUGCAGCACAAGUGUGCCCCAGGUACCUGGAGCAAUAGGACGAGCCUGGCCUCAAAAGAGGAGUGUUUGCCAUGUCCUUCAGGCUGGUUUUGUCUAGGAGGAGCUCGCGUGCCUUCUGGGAGGUGCAGCUCAGGGCAUUACUGCCCACAGGGUACACGGAGGGGCACCCAGUACCCCUGCCCAGCAGGAACAUAUAGUACCAGGCUGGGAAAUGGCAGGGUGGAAGAAUGUGCUGCCUGCCCUGCAGGGACUUUCUGCACCAGUGGGACCUCCAAGCCAGUUCUGUGCCCAGUAGGAACUUUUCGUAUGGAACACGGUGCAAAGUCGGCCGCAGAGUGCAUCCCGUGUCCCGGAGGGUAUUACUGCCCUGAGCUUGGCACUGUUACUCCUCGGGCAUGUGGUGCUGGCAACUUCUCGGGCCAAGGUUCAACCUCCUGCUUGCCAUGCUUUGUGGGACAUUACUGUGCUAGUGAGCACACCAGCCGGGAGCUGAUGCUGCUUGCCAUGAUCUGCCCAGCGGGUCUCCUGUGCCCAGAAGGACAGGCAGUUGUUCCAGAUGCCAGUGCAAAUGCCUGCCCAAGAGGAUACUACUGUCCCCGGGGAGAUACCGGCUUGCAAGCUAAGCCUUGCCCCAAUGGGACCUAUGGUGAGCAAAGGGGUCUGAGCAGAGCUGAUGAAUGCUUACUGUGCCCUGCAGGGAAUGAGAGAUUCCAGGUUAUCCACAUUGUAGACUAA